GCAGGGCAGCGCAGCGCGGCCGCCCGCAGGUGGCCGGCGGCGGCAGCGGGGCGGCGAGCGCAGCAUGCCCGCCGCCUCAGACGCGCCUGCCUCCCCCCGCCGCCGCCGCCGCCGCCGCUGCUGCCCAUGGAGAUCGCGCUGGUGACUUUGGAGAACGGCGGCACCACGGCCAUCGCGGGAAGCGACGAUCCCGCCGCCGCCGGCGGCCGGGCGCGCUGGCGGGGCCACUUGCUGCACGUCGCCGGCUCGCCCCAGCUGAGCGACGGCAAGGAGAGCGCCCCGCCGGCCCCGCCGCCGCAGCCGCCGGCCGCGGAGGACGAGCAGCGAGAACGGCCCCCGCCGCCUCCCCGCGCAGGAGGCAGCGGCGGGCCGCCGCGUCCGCCGCCUCGCGCAGCGCGCCCCGCCGCGGACAUGGGGCCGUCCGAGGAAGGGGGACACCGCCGGGGCAUGGCCAUGGCGGCGGCGGGCGACGAGGAGGAGGAGGCGGCGGCCAACCCGGGCGCCAUGCACCACCAGCGGGUGCUGAUCAACAUCUCGGGGCUGCGCUUCGAGACGCAGCUGGGCACCCUCAACCAGUUCCCCGACACGCUGCUGGGAGACCCCGACAAGCGCAUUCGCUACUUCGACCCGCUCCGCAACGAGUACUUCUUCGACCGCAACCGGCCCAGCUUCGAUGGCAUCCUCUACUUCUAUCAGUCCGGGGGCAAGCUCCGCCGGCCCGUCAAUGUCUCCAUCGACGUCUUCGCCGACGAAAUCCGCUUCUACCAGCUGGGUGAGGAGGCCAUGGAGCGCUUCCGGGAGGACGAGGGCUUCAUCAAAGAGGAGGAGAAGCCCCUGCCCCGCAAUGAGUUCCAGCGCCAGGUCUGGCUCAUCUUUGAGUACCCCGAGAGCUCCAGCUCAGCCCGGGCCAUCGCCAUCGUCUCCGUGCUGGUUAUCCUCAUCUCCAUCAUCACCUUCUGCCUGGAGACCCUGCCCGAGUUCAGGGACGAGAGGGAGAUGCCCGUACCCCUGCCCCCACAAGGUGGAGGUCUGAAUGGCACGCCUGGGGACUCCCCACCCAUGCAGCCACCCAGUAGCCUGGCUGACCCCUUCUUCAUCAUCGAGACCACCUGUGUGAUUUGGUUCACUUUCGAGCUCCUCGUGCGCUUCUUCGCCUGCCCCAGCAAGCCCGAGUUCUCUCGCAACAUCAUGAACAUCAUCGACAUCGUGGCCAUCAUCCCCUAUUUCAUCACCCUGGGCACCGAGCUGGCCCAUGAGCAGCAGCAGCCCGGGGCUGGCAGUAGCAAUGGGGGUGGGGGCCAGCAGCAAGCCAUGUCCCUGGCUAUCCUCAGAGUCAUCCGCCUGGUCAGAGUCUUCAGGAUCUUCAAGCUCUCCAGGCACUCCAAGGGGCUGCAGAUCUUGGGGCAGACUUUGAAAGCCAGCAUGAGGGAGCUGGGCCUCCUCAUCUUCUUCCUCUUCAUUGGGGUGAUCCUCUUCUCCAGCGCCGUGUACUUUGCUGAGGCUGAUGAUCCCGAGUCUCAUUUCUCCAGCAUCCCUGAUGCUUUCUGGUGGGCAGUGGUAACCAUGACUACUGUGGGCUAUGGGGACAUGAGACCUGUCACUGUGGGGGGCAAGAUUGUGGGCUCCUUGUGUGCCAUCGCGGGUGUGCUCACCAUUGCCCUCCCUGUCCCUGUCAUUGUGUCCAACUUCAACUACUUCUACCACCGAGAGACUGACCAUGAAGAGCAGGCUAUCCUCAAAGAUGAACACAGUAGUGCUCAGGGCAGCACUGCGGGGGGAGAAGUGAAGAGAAGACCCAGCAAAAACUCUCUGAAUAAAUCUGUUGUGCACUUGGAAAACAGUGAGGAGUUCAACAAUGGCACCAGCUCCUUAGAGAAAGCCAAUAUCAAAGCAAAAAGUAAUGUAGAUCUGAGAAAAUCCCUCUAUGCUCUCUGUCUGGACACCAAUAGGGAAACAGACCUGUGAGGAGAGGAGAUGGUUAGAGUUCAGAGGGGCAAAAGGAUUUUCUGGUGUCAGAAACUUGCUACUAUAAUUAUUCUUUUAGUACCAAUUAGUUUUUUAAGUCAGGCUGUAUUUUAUAAAUUGAUCACUGUCCUGAGCAAUCCUCCAGGAAUACAUAUUUUUAUGUUCUUUUUCCAUGACACAAAGGGUCACUUAUUUUUAAAAUAGACUAAGAAUAAGCUACACUCCAUGAUGCAGGAGCUGGUAAAUUAUGACAGUGAAAAAUCUAAUUUGUAGAAACUUAUUUUAGCAAGUGGUCAUUGUUUUUUAAAUGGGUAAUUUGUAACCAAUUCAGUUGCUCCGCGUUUAGUGUAAAGAACUGGGGGGAUGUGUG